CUGAUCUCUAUAGCAUCUCCUGCGCGAUUUCCUUGACAUCACGUAAAGACACUCGAGAGACAGAGCGCGUCCCCUGGAGACAGCACGCGUCCACUUCCGGUUGGGCAGAGAGCUGGAAAAAUAGCAACGGCAGAGGAGCACAGCUGGGGAAGGAGGAGGCCAGGCUGGAGCGAAAGCGAGUCGCGGUGCACAGGAAUGGGAGACGUUUGAUCGGAGAAGGUUCUCUACAAACCAGGAGAGAGUCACAUCAGUGAGUCAUGGAGGACUGCGGUAGCCUUAUAGAGUUUGAUGUACCUGAGUUCAGCAACACCGUCCUGAACCAGCUCAAUGAGCUCCGUCUCCAGGGCAAGCUGUGUGACAUCAUUGUGCACAUUCAGGGCCAGCCAUUCCGAGCCCACAAAGCUGUCUUGGCUGCCAGUUCACCGUACUUCCGAGAUCAUUCAGCACUAGGCACGAUGAGUGGCCUCUCCAUCUCUGUAAUCAAGAGCCCUGAGGUGUUUGAGCAGCUGCUCGCCUUCUGUUACACUGGCCACAUGUCAUUGCGCCUGCGUGAUGUCAUCAGCUUCCUCACGGCUGCCAGCUUCCUCCAAAUGCAGGCUGUGAUUGACAAAUGCACACAGAUCCUUGAAGGUAUUCACACUAAGAUCAGCAUCCCUGUGCCUGGUGGGACCGAUCCAGAAAACGAUUGCACCACCUCAAGGGUGGGACUCAAUGGUGUGAAAGAUGGAGGAAUCUUUGUAAACCCCACCCAGAUUUCCUACUAUUCUCGUCAGAAUCAUUGCGCAGAAGGGCGGAACUCAGGUAAGGGAAUAGCCGAGGAGGGUCAGUCAGACCGAGGGAGCAGCGACGGUAUAUCUGAGCAGGAGGUGUCCAUGGAGGUUGAGUCCGAACAAGUAGACCUCAUCGGCAAGGAUGGACGAGUGACUGAUGUCCAUAUCAAGCUGGAGAAAACAGACCGGCCCAGCCACUCCGAUAGCUCGUCGGUAGGUGAUGAUGGCUACCACACAGAGCUGGUGGAUGGUGAACAGGUGCUGGCUGUCAGCGUGGGAUCAUACAGGCCUGUGCUUUCCUCUGCUGGAUACACUUACUCUGCAUUACCUUCCUCCUGUUUAGUCAGCCUGAGUUCCUCUAGCCCAUCUCGUUCUUUGCUCAGCAGUGUCCGGGGUGGUCGUGCCCGACCGAAACGUCCCGUGCCUCUUCCAGCCGAUCUGCUAACUCCGCUCAAGCCUGGUGCCGAUGAAGGAGAUUUACCUGCGACGACAGCUACCUUUGAGAACGACACAAGGGAGCGUUGUUUCCGUGGACAGUGGUACCCCUACAAUGAGCGCCUCAUCUGCAUCUACUGCGGCAAGUCCUUCAACCAAAAGGGCAGCUUGGACCGUAAAUGACGUCUGCA